AUGCGUGCUGACGAUGAUGUAGCUUGGGGCAGUAUGAACUUUCAUGGCCUGUACGAGAUCGGUAUGUCUGCGUCGGAAGGAGCCUCUUAUGACAGCCGUACCAAAGCUUUCAUCGUUGUCAAAGACUUUCUCAACUUCUUCAAGCUUGGGAUUCGGAACAAAGUCAUUCCACCGUCCAAAUUCAACUUUGCCUUAUGCAUUGGGUACUUUGCACCCAACUUGUUGACGCACGUGUUCGAGAAGGAAGAUGCCAAAAUCAAAUGGGGAGGAGAGAAUGUGUUCUCUUUCAGCCCAAGUCUUCGACGUACCGCGGAAACCAUCUAUGGCCUCAGCAGCAUGUCUCAGUAUAGUGAUGCGGAAGUCCAAGAAAAAGGAGAACGAGCCCAGAGAGAGGUAUCCGAGCUUCUGGAACGUCAGCUGGAUGCGACCAACUUUGAUGCAUCUGAAGAUGGCAUUUUCGAGGACGUGGGUGGAAAGAAACUGUGGGCAGGCCUCCACCAUUCCUUGUUCCGCCACUAUGAAAUGCAUGGAUAA